AUACUUCUGAUUUUACACAAUGUAUGUUUAUAAAAUAUUUUACAAGAUGUCAACAUUAUUUUGUUUAAAUAAUAGCAUCUUUCAUCCAAGAAAAUUUUAUGAAUCUUCAUUUUCUAAAACCAGUGCUAAUGAGCUCUCUUUCUCCUAAUCAAGAUACAUCAUGUACAGGUCUUCUAAUCAUCUUGGAUGGAGGGGCACAACCUCACAGAACUGACUGAAUUUACUCUGCUGGGCAUCACAGAUCGCUCUGACCUACAGGCUCCACUGUUUGCACUGUUCCUCAUCAUCUAUGCCAUCUCAGUGCUGGGCAACCUGGGGAUGAUCAUCCUCACCCAGGUGGACUCCAGUCUGCAAACUCCCAUGUACUUUUUCCUCAGACACCUGGCUCUCACAGAUCUUGGCUAUUCCACAGCUGUGGGACCCAAAAUGUUGGAAAAUUUUCUUGUGCAUCCAAAUACAAUCUCUUAUUAUUGUUGUGCUGCCCAGCUGGCUUUAUUUCUUCUGUUUAUUGGUAGUGAGCUUUUCAUUCUGUCUGCCAUGUCUUAUGACCGCUACAUGGCCAUCUGUAACCCUCUCCUCUACACUGUCAUGAUGUCACAAAAGGUAUGUUGGGUGCUGGUGGGAAUACCCUAUCUCUACUGCACAUUUAUGUCACUUGUAGUCACCACAAAGCUUUUCACUUUGUCAUUCUGUGGCCACAAUGUCAUCAGUCAUUUCUACUGUGACUGCAUUCCCUUGUUAUCUUUGCUGUGUUCAAAUACUCAUGAAAUUGAAUGGAUAAUUAUGGCCUUUGCAGCAUUUGAUUUGAUUUCCUCUCUUCUGAUGGUUCUCGUGUCCUAUCUGCUCAUUCUGAUAGCCAUUCUCAGGAUGAAGUCUGCAGAGAGCAGGUGCAAGGCUUUGUCCACCUGUGGGUCCCACCUGACUGUGGUCACCAUGUUCUAUGGGACGCUUAUAUUUAUGUAUGUACAGCCCAAGUCCAGUCACUCCAGUGACACUGACAAAAUGUCUUCCAUGUUUUAUACUUUGAUCAUCCCAUUGUUGAAUCCUGUUAUCUACAGUUUGAGGAACAAAGAUGUAAAAUAUGCCCUUCAAAGGACCUUGAGAAAGAUAUGCAAUAUCUGUUCUUAA